GUUCUUCUACUCUCUGUACUGAUAUUUUGGACAACAGUAUAAAGCAGGCACUUAAGAGGAAGUACACAAAUGUUAUGUCUGUUUGUCUGACAACAACAAUUACUCGACAUGGGACCACAUAUUCUGAAGGAAUGUUUGUCUCAUUUGGCAGCACAAGUGGACUACCUGAUUUUGGAAAGAUUGUCAAACUACUCAUUGUGGCUGAUAAGGCAAUGUUCAUCAUUGAACCUUUUCAAUCUGUGUAUAUUGAGCAUUUAGGCUCUUUUGAACUGUUUAGAGCACUUUCUGCAGGUUUUCUUCUGGUUGAACCUGAAGAUUUGAACCACUACGAACCAUUAUAUUGCUACACCAUUCAAGGAAGACAGCUGGUCACAGCAAAAGCCUUUUUGCUUCAUUAAGAAUGUUGCUCAGAGUUGUUUUGGCACCAGAUGACAUCAGGAGGCUGUUGAUAGAAGAAAUCCCAGAGACUCUGGAGGGCUUCAAGUUGAUUCUGAGGACUAAGCUAAAUCUGGGUUAUGAGUUUGUAAUACAGUAUGAAGAUCCGGACUUCCAGAAUGAGUUGAUAAACCUCAACUGUCCCACAGAAUUGCCCAAGGAUAAAGCAACCCUCAAAAUAAUCCAGAAGAUGCCACCUGACCAACACUUGGUGACAGUUAGUGACAGCAGUACCCUUGACACUGCCAGCCUGUCAUCUGCUUCAUCAUCUACAGAAACCAGCCCACCUGAUAUGAUGAAGAACUGGUCUGAGCCCUUUAGCAUUCCAACUUUCUCUUAUGAUGUGGAACUGAAGCUGAAGAGAGGAAAUGAAGCAUAUGCCAAAGAUGGUUCCCGGAUAGAGGUCCUCAAGGGCCUCAAGAGUGAAAUCUUGGACAGACUUGUUGGAGAGAUGUUCAGAAUCGAUGCAUAUCCAUCACAGGUACAAAUUGAAGAAGUUGCCAAAGCAUUGGUAGAAAAGCAUCCCUGUUUAAGAGAGGUAGGGUCCACAGAUGGCUGGUACUGCUGGAAGUACAGUUUGAAUUUUAAAAUGGGCAAUUAUCGGCACAAGUUACGUGCUGCCGGGUGUACAGCAGUGUUGGUGAACAAGACUCGAAUGUUUGAAGAUGGGAAAACUAAGCGGAAGAUCAAGAAGCCAAGGCGAUCUGAAACCAACUUCCUUCCAGAUAUACCUGAUGAAGACACCUUUACUUCCCUUGAAGAGGACAGGAAGACACUUCUGAUGGAAUUUAAAAAGGUGAAUCCCAACAACAAGAUAAUUGAUGCAGCCAUGGCAAACACUUAUGCUUUGAGAAGAAAGGAGAUCGUUGAUGAUGAGCCUCUUGUGAGUAUGGUCAAAUCCAGAUGGCCUGCACUGUUCUCGGAGAGACAGAUCCUUGCGGAAUUCAGCCGUCUGAUGUCUACUGAUCUCCUGAGCUCCUUCUUUGGUGGACUUGAUGAAUAUCUGCCCAGGUUUCUUGACCUUUUCAGAAAAAAGGAUCACAUUGCAGAGCUCCAAGACAUUGUUAGAUGGCUGGACGCUCAUGAUUCCAAUCAGAAUAAGCGAACAGCAGUCUUACUUGGCAUGCCGCAUUUCCUUCGUGAAGAGCCCUCAAGCUUUCUUAAGACCUGUGAGCCAACUGAUCCAGUUGAAGAUACCUUGAAAGGAACCAGUGUCGGGAUCCUGAUUGUGUCUGAAGAGAUCGGCAGAUAUGUGGUCCCAAUCGAGACCAAUGACAUUUGUCUCGUCUUGGAGGAACAGCUGGCUGUCAUGAAUAUUUCUGAUAUUCCCAAGGCAUUCGGACUAAUGAUGGGUCUGAUGUAUGCGCUCAAUGUUGACUACCCAAAGCAUCUCAAAUAUACGUUUGAAGUAAUGCAAAAGCUUUUCUUGAAUGUCGGAGGGUGUAGCUGCUCUUCACGUGUUAAUGGUCUCCGUAACAGGCUGCUUUACAAAAAGUUGUAGUGCAGAAAUCUCCCCUAGCAUUUGGACUUGGUCUUCAGAUAUUUUUUUUGCUUUCAUAUUUGGACUUUGAAAGUGGAAACUGUUUGCCCCUUUAAAUGGCUCUUGGCAACUUGUUUUUCUGUUUUAUGCAAUGUAGCACAUGGGUUUGGUCCCGAAAGUGAAGGUUUUCUUUAUUCACUUUUGUAUUGUUUUGUGCCCUUUGCUCCCAUGUGUGGACUUUGAGAAUGUUAUCUAUGCUUAAAAGGGCAUAUUUUUUUUUACAGUGUACCACCUGAAAGCAGGUUGGAGGGGGGGGGGGAUGCGUGCGCGUGUUAAAAACAAAAAAACUGUCUUCAUUUGCCAGGAGGAUGUUUUGUGUUCACCAGAGGUUGCAAGCAGUAGGGUGUCCCCUAAUAGUCCUGUUCCACCGAAGGCCCUCUGAUGAUUGUACGUCGUGCGUGCGUGCGUGCGUGUGCGUGCGUGCGUGCAUGUAUGUGUGUUGCUGGGAGAAUACAGAUUCAUGAAAACUUGUUUAGUUCAUGUGGCAAAUGGCUCUAGUACUGGCCAAGUACAAAAAACAUCAUUUUAUCUGAAAGUAGUAACAAAUAAUCAACAGUAACAUCUCACUGUUUACACAUUCAGACAUGUUAUUGAAAACUAUUGAAAACUGAACUGAAUCUGCUGUAUGCUCUUUAGUACUACGUCCACAGUAGCCUAGUUGGUUAAGAUUGUAUAGCAUUCCUCUUCACAAAAUGAGAAACACAAUUUUUCUCCACUGCCUGGUAUUUGAGUUCAAUGUAUUCAGUGCAAAAUACCUCUGCAUUUACCCCCACUGUUUCUAAGUAGGUUUGUUUUACAGGCUGGUAUGAUGAAUGCAGCUACAUAAACAAAUCUGUGCUAAACUUCAAAAAGUCAACAUAAACCACAGUGCACAAUGCAUUAUGUGUCGCUUAGAAAAUACUGCAUCAGGCUCAACUUUCUGGACGCAUGCAAUCUGUAGCAUCACUCUAAAAGCUCUCUGGGAGUAUA